AUGAAAUUUCUAAUCCUACCAUUAGCAAUUCUUUUGUGCUAUGCAGACGAUCUUGCAGCUAUUGGAAAAUCUAAAGCUGAUGAGCUAAGAGCGCUUUCCUACAAAUCAGAUGGACUUAUAAAGCUAACUGCCUCAGGAUUUCAGAAAUUCGUAGUCGAUUAUCCUCGACCCUACACAUUGGUAGUAUUUCUUACAUCAAAAAACCCAACCAAAUUUAAAUGUCAACUUUGUGAUGAAAUUGGUUCUAUGCUUGACCAAGUCAUUUAUUCCUACCGUGGUGCAAAUGCAGAUCUACCACUAAACACCCCAGGAUCCAAGUCAAGGGCAGUGUUUUUCGCAAUAUUAGAAUACAACUCAGAAAACCAGCCAAUUUUCCAAAAAUUCAAAUUCGCAUCAGUCCCUAACCUGAUUGUUACCUCUCCUAAGUCAAUAAAAGAUGAAGGGGACAGAUAUUCUUAUUAUCGUGACGAAGUUUGGGAAUUUAGUAAAGAUGGAGAUGUCCAUCCUCAAAAACUCCUUGAUUUUAUAAAUGCAAGAUCUGGAAGAAAAAUUGAACUGAAGACGUCUCCAUUUGCAGCGAUAAUUUCUAUGGGGAUGUUUAUGCUGAUUUUUACGACUUUUGCGUUUGUUAUUUAUAAAAUCAAGAGCUUUUUAUUGAUUCCUUAUGUCUGGUACGCAGGGGGAUUGACGAUAUAUUUUAUCUGCAUUUCUGGAUUUGUGUACGACAUUAUUCAUGGAGUUCCUAUGGUUGGAACUAAUGGAAAAGGAGAAGCUGAGUUUAUUCACUCAGGGCAAAGAAGCCAAUAUGGCGCUGAAGGGUUUAUGAUGGGGUUCUUAAUGGUGAUUGGAGGGCUUGGGUUUGUAGGUUUAAAUAUUUUGCAUAAGCUCGAGAAGCCAUCACACAUUAGGCUAGUCGGUGGGCUAUGCUUUUUAAUUGUGAUUUUUUCAUUUUACAAAAUCAUAAAAGUUUAUCAAGUUAAAGCUAGUUGGUAUGGGCCUGGGCUAUAUCCUCCUGGACAUUAUAUAAAAGGACCUCUCAUAAAUGACCAAGGAUCUAGUUUUUAA